AUGUCUACUCGUAGCCCGGUGGACGAAGGUGGAAAUCUUCUUGGCACUCACGUAAAGCCAAAUACAGACGUUCGUUUGUUCAGCACUUUUGCUCCGAUUGUCUUCUCGGCUUUUCGGGAUGCAGGUAUUGUCCAUAUUGGCUCUGGCUGGCCUGGUGGUGGCUUCAGGGUCCUCAGAUUUAGUGACAGCUACCACGUCGAGCCCGACAUCGACAUCGACUUCAUCCACGGUCAGUUCACGGCCAUUCAAGAUGGUAUCUCCUACGCGCAGAACCAUGCUAUCCCCACUGUGACUGUUCUGGCCGGAUCCUAUACUCAGGCAAUCACUGUAUCAGCGACGCCAACUGUCACUGUGAUUGGUCCAAGUGAUCAAACAGAUGACUACGCCCAGAAUAAGGUGGUCGUAACCAAUGCUGGAACCGUGUUGACUGUGAACAAUAAUGUCCAACAAGUCAAUUUCAAGAACAUCAACUUCGUCAACACUGCGGCAUCCUACGGCGCCAUGGUACUAAAGGGAAACAAGUACGCCUUCUAUGAUUGCCAAAUCGUCUCAACUGGAACUUUGGGUAUCACUGCCAGUAUUGGUCUCGGUGUUAUCGCAAACUCGUAUGUCGAGGCGCUCGAUAAGAUCAUCUAUGGAGGUGCCAGUCUGUAUGUUUUCAACACAAAGAUUGUGCCCAUUGACAACUCUGCUCUUCUCACCUACAUGAAGGGUACUACGUCCAGCUCGUCGACGCUAUACAACUCGACAGUUGUCUUUGACCAUGUCACCGUGGCUGUGAAGUCAGGAACAUCAACCAGCAAUGUCUAUCUUUCUGCUGCUAAUGGGGCUGGAACUGUGGUGCUCUACCGAAACUCCAACUUGGGCAGCUGUGUUGCCGCGUCUGGUGCCCACAUCGACAGCAUAACUCAAGAUGGGUACAAUACAUUUGUCGAAUAUUCCAACAUUGGUGCAGGUGCAUAUGCAAGCAAUGCUGCUACUCGGUAUCAAUAUGUCUCUGUCCUAGAUGCAUCGGACCUAUCUGCGUAUAGCAUCAGUGCUGUGUUCGCUGCUGCCUACCCAAACUAUGCUUCUCCUGACACCGCUUGGAUUGACUCCUCUAUCCUUGCGGCUAUUGAGAGCGCGGAUGUUGUCACGUCAACUAGUUCGACCUCCUCCACUACAACUUCUUUGGCCACAUCGUCUUCUGCCGUUUCGACUACGUCGACUUCCACAGUCACAACAACCUCUGCUACUGUCACAUCUACCUUUGUGGUGGAUGCCAUUGCUGGACCUUACAAUAAUGUGACUGCUGCCAUCGCUGCCCUUCCAAAUGACAGCAACGAGUACACAAUCUAUGUCAAGAGCGGCACGUACAGCGAACAGAUUUCGAUCACUCGCAAAGGCAAGACCAUUCUUCGCGGAGAGACUACCUUUGAGAAUGACUAUACCCAGAAUACUGUGUCAAUCGAAUACUCCAAUGGUGUGUUGACCAGUGCCAACAAGGAUGAGGAUACUCCGAUUGUCAAUGCCAAAAACUCUGAUGGCAAGGGACUGGCUAUCUAUAACGUUGAUUUCAAGAACACCUACCCCCAGACUACGAAUACAGCCGCCCUUGCCGCUGACUUUUAUGGCAACGUGCAAGCUUAUGGCUGCUCCUUCAUUGGUUUCCAGGACACCCUCCUCGCAAACAAGGGCACUCAAGUCUUUUCGAACUGUUAUAUAGAAGGCUCCAUUGAUUUUAUUUGGGGGUUUUCAACGGCUUUCUUCUACCAAUCCGUCAUUUCCACGAACACUGCUGGCUCCUGCAUUGCUGCUAUGAGUCGCUCUUCAGCCACUGCAACUGGAGGUUACGUCUUUGAUAACUGUCUUGUCACCUAUACCUCCAGCUACGGUAGUACCUACCAGAGCAGCUGGCUCGCUAGACCGUAUUCCACAUAUAGUCGUGUCGUUUACAUGAACUCUUACCUCGAUAAGCAUAUCAACCCUGCUGGAUGGCACAUUUGGUCAACAGGCUCCCCUCAAACAGACUAUGUCACAUUCGGAGAAUUCAACAAUACUGGACCGAGUAGUUGGUCUAGCAGUCGUGCAUCCUUUGCGACCAACCUCACUGAGAGUCAGGCCGAAGCCUACACUCUGGCCAACUGGAUUGGAGACACCACAUGGCUUGACAUGAAUGCCUACGGCUUUGCACCAUCCUACGACCUGACUGGAGGAGCCAGCACUACAACGUCCGCCACUGUCAGUGCUACUGCAACCGCUCUUUCUACCGCUACAGCAACUGCAACUUGGGCUCAUCCAUCGAGCGGUACUACUCCCCCUACUGGUGCCGUCUUGGUUAGUCCGUCUGGAUCUAUCAGUGGCUCUUACAGCAACCUCACCGAUGCGCUCGCCUCUCUCCCGAAUGACGCCACCACUCAGGUGGUCUUCAUGUACGCUGGAACCUAUGAAGAGCAAGUUCCCACAAUCGACCGAGAUGGUCCGGUCAUGGUCAUUGGCUAUACUACAGGAAACCCCGGUCAGACCUACGCCGACAACGAAGUUACCAUCACUUUCGCUCAUGGACUCUCCGUGUCUCCUCUGCCGACCGGCCACUCUGAUGCUGAAACAGCGACCAUCGCCACCGCGUCAAACAUGAUCGCUUUAUAUAACAUUAACAUCAUCAACUCGGACAACCUUGAUGGUCUGGAGUCCUCCUACGUGACACUUGCAGCAUCCAUCUAUGGAAACCAUGUCGCAUUCUAUGGUUGCUACUUUCAAGGCUGGCAAGACACUCUCCUCACCGGAAACAACGCAGGAUAUCAAUACUACGAAUCAUCGUAUAUCGAAGGUGCCACUGACUUCAUUUGGGGUUACUCCAAGGCCUACUUCAAGGGCUGCACCAUAGGAGCCAAGAAGGCAAAGUCUGCGAUCACCGCGCAGAGCAGAGCUUCAUCUAGUGCGAUCGGUGGUUAUAUAUUCGAUCAAACGCUCUUGACCGCCGCGGCUGAUGCAACAGUUGAUCUUACCAGCACCGUGUACCUUGGCCGUCCUUAUUCGCAGUACGCACUGGUUGUUGUGAAGAACUCUUACCUCACCUCCAUCAUCAAUCCCUCUGGCUGGAAGGUUUGGUCCUCCACUGACCCACGCACCGGUGCCGUCACAUUCGCCGAAUUCAACAACUCCGGACCGGGUAACUGGGAAAACAAUGCAGCUUCUCGUGAAUCAUUUGGCUACGCCACACUCCUGACAGAGGAUACCUACUCCCUUGCAAGCGUCAUGGAUUCAACUGACUGGAUUGAUAUGACUUACUGGGACACCAUUGAUACCCCUACGUCUGUGUCGGGAACCACUGUUGCCACCUCUACGACCACUGCCUCAGCUACACCGACAGCCACAGUCGCAUAUGAUGGUACAACUCCUCCUUCCGGGGCCUACAUUGUUUCCAAGACAAGCCUUGGGACAAACACUACUGUUUAUGAUACUAUUCAGAAGGCGCUUGAUGCUUUGCCAACCUCGUCCAAAGUCACACCCACUGUCUUUAUCUACCCCGGUACAUACGAGGAGCAGCUUAUCGUCAACAAGUCCGGCUCAGUGAUUAUGAUAGGAUACUCUGAGUCAGCCUAUGAUUACUCCAGCAACCUGGUUACCAUUCAGUACAACCACGGUGUUGACACUGGCGCCAAUGAGUCUAAUUCUAACAGUGCAACUGUUUAUGCCACGGGAAACUACUUCCAGGCGGUGAACAUCAAUUUCGUGAACAACAACGGCACGCAGCAGGAUAUCGCGACUCUCGGCUUCGCUGUCAAGUCAAGCAAGUAUGCCAGUCUUUAUGGCUGCCAGGUCAGAGGUAACCAGGACGCCUUGUUAAUUAACGGUAAUCUAUUCAUGAGCAACGGAUAUGAAGGAAACAUCGACAUGAUCUGGGGUAGUGGCGCAGGCUACUUCCUCAACACGACUAUUUCUCCUAACGAGGAUGGCAUCAGCAUCACAGCUGAUAAGCGAACCACUGCUACAGCAGCUGGCGGCUUUGUCUUUGAUCAGUGUACCAUCACUCCAAAUGGAGGAUCUAUGUUCAAAAUCUCCCUCGGCAGACCUUGGAACUCCUUUGCUCGUGUCGCAUACAUCAACUCCUACCUUGGGUCUUGUGUGGAGUCUGCUGGAUGGGAACAGUGGUCUUCAUCUAGCCCGCAGACAUAUGGAGUCACCUUUGCCGAAUACGGUAACUAUGGCCCCGGAUCUAGCACCACGAACCGUGCCUCGUUCGCUACGCAGCUGGACAAUGCUGGAGUUGUCCAAUUUGAGCUGGCCAACUUCUUCACCACUACCUCUUGGAUUGACUUCACUCAUGUAAAUGGUACUCCUUUUGUUCCUGGCACCGGCGUCAGCUCGACCGUCGCUUCGAGUGCUACCCCGACUACUGCCAGUACUCUUGCCACCUCUGUCUCCGCACUGAUCACCACGACAGUCGAUAUUGUGUCCACUUCAACGACCACUGUAUUUGCCACAAUCAACCCCAUUGAUAAGACCUCGACUGUUAAGGCCACUGUAACCCUGAUCAUUACCCCAGAUGUUGUCUCAAAGACAACAACUGCAAAGUCUAUUAUCACCAUCGCGGCGACUGUGACUGAGCCGCCUACUGUCUCGACCAAGACAUCGCUCGUGACUAUCGAUGUCGGCAGCACAUUGACUCCAGAUGCCAAGACUGUUACUGUGACCGACAAGUCUACUACUACAGUCAUCGUUUCCGCGGCUGGCAAGGAUACCACAAGCACCCUAAAGAGCACCCUCACCGCAACUCAUAUAGUCACGGCUGCCGCGUCAAUCGUGACAACCACAGAGAUGGAAACGACUACAAGCCUCAAUACAAUCAGUGGCAAAGCUGUCAAGUCUACAUCAAUUGUUACAGUCACCGUUGGAAAUGGAGGAACAACAACCAUCAGCACCAAGGCAACCACUGUAAUCGUUACAUCCACAUCGACAAGCUCAGCCUCCAAGACGGUCACAACCACGAUCAGCUGCGUUAAGGCAACUAAGAAGAUGAAGCGUGAGCUUGUACCUCGGGCUAAUCCUGCUACGGUCACAGUCUACACCACAGAUAUCACCUAUGUGACAGUGACUGCAACCACGACGAUCCCAGCUACGACCGACUACAUUACAGACAUCACAACCAAGACAACUUCCAUCAAAGCUUCGACUGUCACAGACACGAUCACAUCCCUCGCAACAAAGAGCUUGGUGACCACAAUCCCGGCGGUCACUUCGAUCGUGACUAUUACAGACACAACCUCAGUUGGAAAGACAACAACCCUCAAGGCAUUCACAGUCACAAACACCAUUACCUCGCUGUUCUGGAAGACUUCGACUGUCACUCUUCCUGGCUCAACAUACACAACUGUCAGUGUCAAGUCAGCCACCGUCAAGAGCACUCUCAAUGUUCCUGCCUCCACUACCACCGUCACCAAGACUACGACUAUCAAGAGCACUACCACUCUGCCUGCUUCCACCAGCACGAUCGUUAAGACUUUGACUGUGACCAACAAACCCUCUGUCACAAUCACCAACCGUGCGACCUCCACUUCCACCGAGGUUGUGAAGACUACUUCAACUAGUACCGCUACUGUCACGAAGACAGCUAAGUGCUCGUGA